AGUUGCGAACUGAACUCAAAGCCAGAAUCUCACUGGCCGAAGUAACACAGUUUCGGACGCGACAGGAGCGCGUGAAAGGUGUGUGUUAGCGCUCACACACGCGCAGACACCGGCAUCGCAAUAAUUUGCAAAUAUAAAUUGGGGUAUUUUUAAAUUUUAGACGAAAAUAUCUCGUGAAAUUCGCUGUAAGUUUUGAUUUUACAUCUGGAAUUACUUGGUAUCGAGAUCAACAAAUUGCUGUUCUCUCCCAGAUUGACUCUGCAUUGAACUCUGCAACGAAAUACUGGACUGUGAACUUCUAGUGGUUGAAACCCAGAUUAUAAAUUAGAUACCCAAUCGGUUCUCCCGGUCAUUAGUGAUAAUAAAUGAUGAUACGACCGAUACUAGAGAGUACGGAUUCAAACUCAUAUAUCAUUUCAGGGGAUAAUUAUACUCAAAAUAAAACGAGUUCCAUAAUAGUGUCCAUAUUGGACUUGUUCCAAUGCUCAAUUUCACCUGAAAUUUGUCUGAAAUCAUAAAUAUCUAGAAGCAAUAUCAUUUCCUUGCAUUUUACAUUCAAUCUCUAUCAAUUCUGAGUAGAAAUGUGUCCAAAGUUGAGUGGAACGUUGGAGUGAUUCAGUGAUUAGCUCAACUCUCUUAUAGACGUGAUGCAGUUAUCAAUCUUAUUACUGUGGCUUGCCACCUUCUAUGGAGUAUUCUACUGCCGGUGUAUACUGUGCGCUACCUACUUAGGCAAACAGCACUGGUACGAGGAGGCGGAGAAGACGCUACGCCGCAAACUGGGGCCACGCAGCGAGAUGGGUCGCGCUCGCAACCUGGUGUUGAUUGUGGGAGACGGCCUCAGCCUGACCACUCUGACGGCGGCGCGCAUCCUCAAGGGUCAGCGGCUCGGCCAGCCUGGGGAGGACACGCUGCUCGCCUGGGAGGCCUUCCCCGCACUUGCCCUUGCCAAGACGUACAACCUAGACGCCCAGGUGGGAGAAAGCUCAGCUUGUGCGACGGCUUUACUCUGCGGCGUCAAAGCCAACUUCGAGACAGUGGGCCUUGAUGGCGGCGGGCGUUUCGAGGACUGCUUCUCCUCCUACAACUCACGCGUCGAGUCGCUUCUGUCCUGGGCCCAGCAGGAAGGCAAGUCGACAGGCAUUGUGACGAACACACGCGUGACGCAUGCGACUCCAGCAGCGUUGUUCGCGCACUCGCCGAGUCGCUACUGGGAGGACGACAGCAAGGUCCCCGCCAAUGCGCGCAAGUCCUGCAAGGACAUUGCCCGCCAGCUCAUUGAGGACGAGCCCGGAAAACACGUUAAUGUGCUGUUGGGAGGUGGCAGACGACACUGGAUGCCUAAAAUGAUGAAAGACGUGGAACAAGCCAAUGAAGAAGGAAGAAGACUAGAUGGUAGAAAUCUGAUAGAAGAAUGGGUGAGAGACAAGAAAAGAAAAGGAUCACACGCCGAAUACGUUUAUACGAGAGCACAGCUACACAGAAUUAACCCUGUAUCAACGCAAAAUCUAUUAGGUUUGUUUGCCUACUCACACAUGGAUUUUGAAGCAGACAGGGACACCGGUCCGGAUGGCGACCCCUCACUGGCUGAGAUGACAAUCGCUGCACUUAGCAUUCUACAGAAAAACACCAGAGGAUUUUUCCUCUUUGUUGAAGGUGGUAGAAUAGACCACGCGCAUCAUUACAACAACCCAUACAGAGCGCUUGACGAGACGCUGGCAUUGGAGGCGGCUUUGUUAGCUGUGCUCUCAUUGGUCGACCAGACAGAGACGCUGAUUGUGGUGACGUCUGACCACUCUCACGUCAUGACUAUGGGUGGACUGUCCACGCCGAGGGGCAACUCCAUUUUGGGCACCGACCGCAAAGCGUCCGACGUAGACGGUCUUCCCUACACGACGCUGCUGUACGGCAACGGCCCGGGCUACGCCAUCCCUCGCCUCAUCCCUAGCAACGUGGCCAACGUGACGGCCAAGAGCGACAAGAACACCGUUCACGGGUCGGCGGCGCCCCGCCACUGGUCCACCCAUGGCGGCGAGGAUGUUCCCGUCUACGCCAGCGGGCCGCUCGCCUCGCACCUCUUCACCGCCACCAUCGACCAGAGCUUCAUCCCCCACGCCAUGGCCUACUCGGCCUGCAUCGGCCCUUACAAGCAGCGCUGUCAGCAGGCCAACUUCUCCUUCGCCAUACCGAACUGUAUCGAAGACCCAAGAAGAGAGAGAACGCGACAGAGGGGGGCAGGCGCCGGGGUGGUCCUGGCAAGCAGUGUCAUGUCGGAUGACACCACACCCAGCUGCACACAUAUCACCUUAUCCAACUUCUGCACAAUAUCAAUGGUCUACAUUCUAUGGUUUGCUGUCACGUAGGAAUAGGUACUUCAUACCCCAAUCUUUCAUACCAUAAAAGACAAACUUUGUACAAUGCUCUUAAGCCAUUAUUUUCAAAGAGAACCGCUCAUUUCAUGCAGGUGGUUUUCAAACUGAACGGUGUUUUUGAGAAUAAAAAGUGAAAAUAUAUAUUUUCCAUACUGUGAUUGCAGAGUUAGUGUGUAAUGGUUAAAUAUUUAUGGAUACUGUAUCGAAUAUGCUGAGUGCAUGUAUGGAUGUGAUAUGAAUGUUCAUUGUAAAUAGACGUGAUGAUUCUUUCGAAU